GCUCAAGUUCGGCCUGGUGGAACGAAGUUACAUGCACUGGACUAUUUUCGCUUGGGUUGGGACUAUUCUUGCUUGCACUGAAUUGCCUAAUUAGUCGCAAAGAGGAAGAAGAUCUCGAAGACUAUGUGCAAAGGCAAUUAACCAGAUCAAGAUCUGGCCAUCGUCUGGAACGUGAUGUAGAAACGGGUGUUCUUACCACGCGUCAUGCACGCAAAGCUGUGGCACUACAAAAGAACUUGCGCAAUGGAGCUGCCACUGAUGUUGCACUAGUCAACAGUACGUCGGCGGAAGAAGUAGCAAAUGGUCCGUUGACAGGACACAACUGUUUAGCCAAUACCGGUGAUAUAGUGCUCGAAAAAAUUGUGGAGGAGGAUAAUACGUACAUAAACGAUCGAAGCUCUGGCAUAUCGCCAAUGGAGAUUGAGAAUGACACAAAACAAUUGCUGAGGAGGGAAUCAUUAAAUGAAACAAUCAAUAUAACACGAAUAUAAAAAUUAAUGAAUUAGACUUAGAUAUUUAUUAAAAAAUUACUUUAAUAUUUUACUACUUAUUAUGAAGACUUUUAUUUAAACUUAAGCCUUUAAACUAUAAGUGAAGUAUUUAAAUUGAAAUAUGAAAAAGUUCAAGAAAAAUCCCAUAUGACCGUAUUUUUUAUCAAAUGUCUUUUAUAAGAAUUUUCGUAUUUGCAUGUAUACCUAAUAUUAAUCAAAUUU